CCUUCCCGUUUCUAAUCAUCCGCACGCCAGUUCAGUAAGCAGCUACACCCCUCAUCGGAGCAAACACUAAACAACACUCCCAGCCUCAUCUCGGCAUCGGCUCUGCUCAAGCUUUGGUUCGAUCCUAGAAGAGAGAGAGAGAAAGAGAGAAGAAAGUUCACAAGAAGGAUGGGGGAGAUGUCAGUGAUCAGCCUUGGCAAGGGGGAGGUGUCUUCAUCGCAUUACAACACCCACAAGGUGUUCCUGCUCUGCAACUACGUCCUGCUCGGGGCCGCCUCCAGCUGCAUCUUCCUCACCCUCUCCCUCCGCCUCCUCCCCUCUCUCUGCGGCUUCUUCCUCAUCCUCCUCCAUGUCUUCACCAUCAUUGGAGCUGUCUCUGGCUGCGCCGCAGCCUCCACGGGGGGUGGGAGGGGGAAAUGGUAUGCAGCGCACAUGGUGGCCACUGUCCUGACCGCCAUAUUCCAAGGUUCUGUAUCAGUGCUCAUCUUCACGAGGACAUCCAACUUCCUUGGCAGCCUUAAGUCGUAUGUGAGGGAGGAGGACGGGACUGUAAUUCUCAAGCUUGCCGGAGGCCUCUGCAUCCUCAUCUUCUGCCUCGAGUGGAUAGUCCUUGUCCUCGCUUUCUUCCUCAAGUACUAUGCGUACGUGGAGCGUGAUGAGUACGGCUCUGGUGCCAUCAAGAGGAGCGCCAAGGUGCAGCAUGAUGACAAUGUCAAUGACUGGCCCUGGCCUUUCCAGGUUUAAGAAGUCUACUUACACCGGGUAGAUCAGUGCUCCAUCAAGGUCCCUCCAGAAGCAUUGCUUCGGUUUAUCAGCUCGAUUCUGUCCAAUUCUUUCAUUUGUUCCUUGCUUUUCUAAAUAUUAUCAUACAUGUCAAUGAUGUGUGUUUUAAUUUUCCAUAUCUGCACCUUCUCUAUAGUUCUGAUGCAAAUGUCUCUGAGCUCAGACAAUACCAGUUAUAUAUGAAUGAAGGAUUUCUUGGAUCAAACAUACAGUAAAA